UGAACACUAUCGUUUAGUUAUUUCCACAAAACUCAGCUUAAAAUGCCUUCCUACACUGAAAGUUGCUCUUCAGUCCAUAGUUUUAGUGUUAAAAAUCAAACUAAAGAGAAGUUCGACGCUUUAUUAAAAACCGUAAUUCAAAAAAAGAAAAAUCGUAAACACAGUGCAAUAAAUGUAUCUAAAGAAAAACUUUUAAAUGAUCUGGAUUCUGCCACUACAAGUACUGAAAACCUUUUAGAGAGAGGUCCGUUAGAUAACACUCAGUUUAAUGAAAUGAAUGAAAAUGUUGGCGAAAAUUAUAUUUUGAAUAAAUUUCUUGGUCAGCAGUCCGACAAACAUGGAACAAGUAAGAUCAAAUCAGUAGAGACACAAAAUGACAAUGACUUGCCUGGCGUUAAACCACCUGUUCCAAAACCUAGAAAAAAGAAAAUCAUAUCUCCAUCAAUGAGUCAAGGCACUUUCGAGGUCACUUCUCCAAAAAUCGUAAAAGCCGCUACCAAGUGCAGUAAAAAUGACGAAAAUUCCUCGAGCAAUAAAACAUACAAUGUGGAAGAAAUUGGCGACGUUGUGGUCCACCAAAGUCCACUGAAGCCAAAAAUUAUAAAACGAAAAAUAAGUUCAAAAAAUUUAAGUAAAGAUGACUCAACGAAAACUAGUGACAAUGAAUCUAAAACUUCGCAAAGCGAGGUAAAAGAAGAAACGACAGGCAAAAAUAAAGUCAAGGAGAAAGAUGAGACACUAAAAGAAUCGCGUGCAACGAGUGUUAACUACGAAAUCGAAAAUAUCGAACAGAUGAAGAUAGAUCAAAAUGACAGUAAUGAAGAUAUGAAAUCUCAGACAAAAUACAAUUAUGAAAGAAUUUUUGAAAUUAUUGUGCAUAAAACAGAUAGACUUCAAUUAAAUUCACUUGUAAUUCACCCACUAGUGAAAAUUCAUAUCGUUGACACAACCACGGGAAAAUAUUUUCCAAAAAGCGAUAAAUCUCGAUCUGUUGUGUUUUUUUAUGAAAACAAUGACAAUGAUUAUAUCUCUCCUGUUAUGACUCACUCGUGUAAUUUGCAAGAAAAAAGAAUACUGUAUCCAUCUUGGGAAGAAAGUAUCUUGUUGAAUGACGAUUAUGGAUAUUUUAAGGACGAAAGCCAUCGCAUAAUUGUGUUUUUUGAAAUUCUAGAUUUUGUUUCUUUUGCAAUGCUGCCGCAGUUAAAUGAUAAAGUGUGUACAAGCGGUUGGCAUUCUAUUGCAUUUGCCUUUCUAAAAGCCGCUGGAAAAGACGGUUCGCUGAACAUUGGAAAAAAACUAAGGCUUCAGUUAUAUCAUUCUUGUCAGUCUAAAAAAUACAACCCUCAAAUAUGUAACCCCUGGAUAUGGUGGAAAAAGAAAAAAUUAAAAAAAUAUUCUUCCAGCCUUUACGUUACCAUUAAGUCAGUAGUCUCGCCUACGGUUGUUGUUGAAAGUUUUCGAUCUAAAACACCAGUCCAAAAAGAAACAAGUUCAAAAACAAAAUUAUACGACGACGUGCACAUACCAGUUCCAGAAGGAGCAUCUACUGUUUUAAAUGACAAAAUAAAUGAUACAGAAUCAAAGUCAGACGCAGUGUGUUGGACUAAACGACCGAACGAAUCUUGCAAGCUUCCGAAUAAGUGUUUCGUUGAAUUUAACAGCUAUGAUCAAGGAUGUUUUGUGGCAAAGUUCAGUCACAAUGGAAUCUAUUUGGCAUGUGCAGUUCAACUCGAAAAUUUGUUUUACAUAGUAAUUUACUCUGUCCUAACGCUGCAAGAAGUUAAUAAAAUUUGUGCACAUCAGGCAUUAAUAUAUGACAUAAAAUGGUCCAGAGACGACUCACUUCUUUUGUCAGCUAGUGCUGACAAUACAGUUUCUGUUUUUAGUACUGUAACGUCUUGUUCGUUUAUUCAGAUUCUACCACACCCAUGCUUUGUGUACACUUGUGACAUCAAUGACACAAAAAUAAUUGCAUCCGGUUGUUACGAUGGAUUGUUAAGAAUAUGGCGUCUGGCUCAAAAUGAUACAAAAUUUGAAUUUCAGAUGUUUCAAGAACUAGACGCCCAUACGGGAUAUGUGACAUCUGUUUGUUUUUCUACAAAGUGUAGUAUGUUUUCAGCUGAUUCAACCGGAGUCAUUAUUGAAUGGUACCAGGAAAAUCUUGACUGGAUAUUAAAAAGACAAAUUAAUUUGUUAGAUUUGAAAGAAACAAUUAUCAACCAAAUAUUAUUAUUUCCAAAAGGAAGAAAACUAUUAGUUCAUUCUCGAGACAAUGUAGUUCGUAUAAUUGAUAUUAAAAGUGGAUGUGUAUUACAAUGGUUACGCGGAAGUUUAAACAAGAGGUUUAGAAUUAUUCCUAGCAUUUCUUCGUGUGGUAAUUUUGUCUAUGCUGGAAGUGAGAAUGGAUUUAUACACGUCUGGAAUUCCAAAAGUGGACACGAAGUAGCUAGUUAUGUGCCAUACCCAUCUAGCCAACAAUUUUUGACCAUUCACUGCGUGGAUUUUCAUCCGCAUGAUAACAUACUAGUUAUUACACAUUACGGAAGAAAUUUUCCCAUUUUGAUGUAUAAAUUCGAUCAACAUAUGGAAAAGCCUACAGUCGAACUCACGGUCAAAGAAAAACCUGACGUGGAUAGUCAAUCCAAAGACUUUAAAUUAGACUCGACUCCUUUAUCGCUUAAAAAGAAAUAUAUUACAAAUGAAAAAAAUAUUGAUUUUAAAGGUGUUUUAGCAAAAAUGGACUCGCUUAUUAUGUCGCAAAAAAAUUAAUAAAAAGUUUGAGGUUGUU